ACACACACACACGCUCACGCUCACACACAAUUAUGACGUGGGAACCCCUUCGAUGUAGUUAUUGUUUCACGGGGGACGCAAAUAAUGAGAACUCAGAACAAGUUGUUUACAGCGGAAGCGUACCUUAACGUGAGUCUGACUUUUUCAAGCAAAUGUGACCCAGCAGGUUCAAUUAGAGUGAAUCUGAUGUUUGUUUCCUGAUAAACGGAAGCAUCGUUGCUUUCCUUUUCCAUACGGACCGCGAGAGUAGUUUGCGAAUGAUGUUAGUCGGCUACAGCAGCAGCUCGGAUGAGGAAAGUGACGGUGGUGGUGUGGAGGCAGACGCGGCUUCAGACCAUGAUAAAACGUUUUCUCGAAAAUGUCAGCAGGACAAUGAUUGCCCGUUGAAGAAGAAGCCUAAAAUAGAGAAAUCCUCUCCUACAGCAAGGCUGCCUCUCCCUGGUUGUUUGCUUUCCAUGUUUCCAGAAGAUGUGGACACACAGGCUGAGGACAGCUCUUUCCAUGAUGGGCGUAUACGCUCCUUCAAACAUGAGAGAGGAAACUGGGCAACCUAUGUUUAUUUUCCAUAUAAACCUGAAGAGGAAUUUGGGGAGUUAAUGGAGGUGCUUCUCUCGACCGCAGCUGCCUUUGGUGUGGUUUUGACCCCACAGGAGGAAUUUCAUCUCAGCCUGUCUCAGACAGUGGUCCUGAGACACCACUGGAUCCAGCCCUUCAUACAGGGUCUCAAGGCAGGCCUGGCCCCCUACAAACGGUUUGUGUGCUCGGCAGCAAGACUGAAGGUCUAUAGUAAUGCUGAGAAGACAAGAACCUUCUUAGGGAUGGAGGUUGCAACUGGCCAUGCUGAGUUAUUAAAUGUGGUCCGAGUGGUGGACAGAACGUUGACAGACUAUCACCUGGACACUUUUUAUCAGGAUCCAUCAUUCCACGUAAGCCUGGCUUGGUGUGUUGGGGACUUCACUAUGCAACUGAGGAAAUGCCUUCAUGAGCUUCAGAAUUUGGUUGAUAACCAUGAAGAGGAACCAUAUCAUCUCUGGUUGGACUGUGCAGAGUUACGCUGCCGCACAGGAAACAAGACCUUCCGCUUCCCUCUGGCCCCACUUGCCUGAGUGACCUCACAGCACAGGACAAUCCAGGUUCACACACGUUCCCACCAAAUUACUGAUGGAUGCCAGUGUGAUGUCUUCAACGUUUUUCAAAUUAUGAGAUAAAUGCACAUUUUUGCCCAAGCAGAUACCCAACUACCCUUUAACUACACAGUUGGUUUUUUUAAAUACAUUUUUGUAUUAAGCUUGUCACUGAAUUCAGGUAUUUGAUGAUGUAAUGUUUGGAUGUAAUAUUUUUUGUGAAUAAAGUUACAAAUCGUUUACCAUU